UCUUCACAGUACGCCGCAAAUUCGACUGGGACAACAAGUAUACGGAGACGGUGGUGGACCUCAAGAGCAAGUACAUCCGCGAUGCGCUGGCCAAGGUGAUGGACGGAGUCAAGGGUAUCAGUCUGGUACAGGAAACGGCGGUCGUCGAUCCCAACAUGCUCUUCCUGUACUUGGAGGAGACACGGCAAUAUAUGCGCGAACUGCGACAGCUGGCCAAGACGGAAAGAAAGAAGAAGGCUCGCAAAGCAGCUCAACUCAAGGCCGCUCACCUGAAGGUGCUCGUCAAGUAUCUGGAUACCGACUAUGCGGAAACCAAAAAGACCCUGUAUCCUCUGCUCGACGCCAAUAUGAUCACCUUCGACCUGCUGUGGGCCAUCUUCAAGCCCAACACGAUUGCCUAUUCAUCCACUUACGGGAAUGUGGAUGAGCCCCGUGCCUUCAAGAUUGAGUACGCUACCAAAGAAUCGUCCUUCAUGAAAGGUCAGUGGUACAGCAUCGAAGGGCGUUAUCUGGAAUAUGACGGCAAGUCGUUCGGAAUGGGCACGAUGGCUGCGGAGGUCGAAUCCUUCAAGGGCUCGCGGAAAAUCACCAGUCUUGGCUGUUAUCCGCUGAAAUAUCAUCGCGAGGCGGAGGCAGUUAAGCUCAAGCUGAUCGAGCGGGGCAAGAAGUUCGUGGCAUUGCGUGGCAUGAACUACCGCUUCCACAAGGGCAUGGGUUUCUACAAGAAGAAGCGCUCUGUGAUCAAAGUCAACAUCAACGGUAGGGUCAUGAUUGACCCGGCUAUUCAUCGUCGCAUCAAUCCCAACUAUCCUAUCAGUACCGUUCGCCCCAAGGAUCCGGAUUACCUUGAUGGGUCGGACGGAGACGGGAGCGAUGAUGGUUGCUGCUGUGGCGUGUCGGAUUCGGAUUCGGAUCAGGGUUGCGGGCCAUCGCGAGACUCUGACACUCCCAGAACACGCUAUAAGGUGGUUCGAGACAAGGAGGGAAAGCCACACGUGGUUGAAGUGGAACUGGACGAGAACGGUAACGAGAUACAGAAAGAGGACAUUGACGAAGUGGAUGACCCCUCCGAGCGGGAUUUCACCGAGGAGGAGCUGCUGAUCGCGAGCCCAGUAGUCCUGGGGUUCGCCUUUAGCGAGAAGCUGUGGCUAGAGUUCAGUAUCUCUGGAGUCAGUGAGAUUGAAUGGAACGAGGAGGCUUUCAGUUCUCUGGUGCUGCCUGACAACCAGAAGUCGAUUGUGAAGGCGCUGGUCGAGUCCCACACCUUCCGAGCUGCCCAAAACAUCGAUGAUGUGAUCCAGGGCAAGGGCAAGGGACUAGUCGCCGUACUUCACGGUCCUCCAGGGACAGGUAAGACGCUCACAGCAGAAGGCAUCGCUGAACUGCUCAAGCGUCCUUUGUACAUGGUCAGCGCAGGAGAAUUGGGAACCGACUCGCGCACGCUGGAAGCCGAGCUCAACAAGAUUUUGGAUAUUGCCCAUUCCUGGGGUGCGGUCCUCCUGCUCGAUGAGGCCGAUAUUUUCUUGGAGAAGCGCACCAUCCAGGACAUCCACCGCAAUGCCCUGGUCAGCAUCUUCCUCCGUCUCCUGGAGUACUUCCAAGGAAUUCUGUUCCUGACGACUAACCGCGUGGAAACCUUCGACGAUGCGUUUCAAUCCCGCAUCCACGUGGCGCUCCGCUACGGCGACCUCACCACCAAGGCCAAGCGCAGUGUCUGGAAGAUGUUCUUGGAGAAAGUCCAGGCCAUGGACGGUGUGCAGACUGCCACCUUCACCGACAAAGACUUUGAUCUCCUUGCCCGCCACAACCUGAACGGACGCCAGAACUCCGUCCGCACAGCGCAAGCCCUGGCAGUCAACGAGCAGACUCCCCUCUCCAUGGAGCAUAUCAAGCGGGUCCUUGCCGUGGCCGAAACAUUCGACCAGGACCUCCGCGGUGGAACGGGAUACCUGGACGCCAUGAGAAGCUAUACCUGAGGAGGCUGCUGCUACGUACACGGCAACGAUGCCCUCCACCCCCACACUCUCAUACCUUCUU